GGAGCCCAUUGGCUGCCGCUCGGGCUGUCCCGUGCCCGCCCGCCCCUGCACCCCCUGCCCGGGGGCUCCGUCCGGCGCUGCCAGGGGCGGCGCGGUCUCGCGCCCCCGGCCCGCCCUCCCCGCCCGCGCCGGGAGGAGCCGGGGCAGCAGCGCCAGCGCUCCGAUACUGAAAGCACCACUGAGAAAACAGCAAAAUGAGCAGUCGUCGGAAGCGGGCACCCCCAUCCAAAGUGGAUGAGGAGAAGAAGAAAAAGCUCUGCUGGAAUAUGCAUGAAGACCGGAGAAAUGAGAUAGUGGCUUUAGAUGAUGAAGUAACUGAUGAGGACCAUAUUCCAGUUCCAAGCACUUCUGCAUCCUUCACUGUUAUCAAUGAUGAUAGCACUGAUGAAGAUCUUGUACAGAAAGAAGGCAGUGGCUCAAAAUCUGUUAAGUUUUUGACAGUUAAUGAUGAAGAAGACUCUUAUUCCAUCUUGACUCCUGUGUCUGUACAGCUAAAUAUUAUAGUCUUGCCAUACCGUACAGAUAUGUCCUGGAAGGUUUUGUUGGGAGAAUUUGCUCUUCGUCUGCCUUCUGAGCAAAUUCUGUCUGAUGAAUUCCGUGACAGGAGCUUUACUUUAAUGAAAGGAGACUCUGAUGAUGAGCUGCAGGUCUGUGUUCAUGAAAGAAGUGAAGAAGAGUACAGUAAUGAAACAAAAGAAUACCUGGGUGCUUAUGAACAACGUAUUGUGGUGGAAGCAACUUUAAGUGGUGAAAUACUGGAAGGUUUGAGAUGGUUGCAAAAGAAAAAGAUAAUUGGACUUUAUCAAAGACCUGGGGAGGCUCAGGCUUUAAAGGUUGGAAUUUACCUUCUUGAAGCUGGGCUAAGUAAACCAGAAUUUCUCAGUGAUGGAGGUGGAAGACCCAAAAAAGCUAAUCAGAUGAUUCAAAAACUCAUGGAAAAGUUCUACAGUUUUUUAAUUCCAGAUGAGCUGGAGGAAGAUGAGGAAGAAUCCGACACGGAACUAGAACGACAAAAUAUUGAAGAGCUUUAUGACUUUGUACGGCACACCCAUCAGCAGGAUAUCCAAUUACUGAGAAAGGAUGUGCAGCAUCCUGCAUUAAUUCCCAUUCUGAGGCCAUACCAAAGCGAGGCUGUGAACUGGAUGCUUCACCGAGAGAACCACACAAGUACUCCAAAUAGCGAAAACGCGCUGCACUUCUUAUGGCGGGAGGUGACCACUCUGGAUGGAAUAAAAAUCUACUAUAAUCCAUUUACUGGCUGCAUUAUCCGUGAGUAUCCAACUGCUGGACCCCAGUGGCCCGGAGGUAUUUUGGCAGAUGAGAUGGGUCUUGGAAAAACAGUAGAAGUGUUGGCUCUUAUUCUGAAUCAUACUGGACCAGAGAUUAAACAAGAUGAUCUGACAUUACCUGAGGGUAAGCUUGUGAACUUCUUUGUUCCACCUCAACCUUUAGAAGGAAAUAAAAAGAAAAACCCAAAGGAAAUGGAGCCUAAAUUAAAGGAAAAAAUACAGUAUCCCAGCUUACGAGUAAUGAUAUUGGCAGCUGUAAAGGAAAUGAAUGUGAAGAAAGGAGCAUCCAUAAUUGCAAUAUUUAAGUACAUCAGUUCUAUAUAUAGGUACGACACGCAGAGAAAUAGACGGCUUCUCAAAAGAACUCUGGAAAAACUAAUUGCAGAACAGGUGGUAGAACAAGUUAAAGGACAUGGUCUGGCUGGGUCUUUCAAGCUGGGAAAGAAUUAUAAGGAACAGAAGAAGCGAGAAAGAGCCAAAGAGCAGGUAGCAAGGACUUCAGAAAACACUCAGAAGAAGCAGUUGAUUGAUGCUAAAACUCAAACCAAAGAAUCAAGAAACAGUGAUGAAACGUCUGAAAAUGUCUUUAAAACUGCUUCACAUGAGAAUAUCGCCAUGGAAGAACAUGAUUAUUGUACAACUAGUAAAAAUAACAGGAAAUCUGAAGCAGAUAAUGAGAACUCUGUAGAAGAGAAAAAUGUUAAGCAAGAAACUGUGGUCCCAAAGUCUCCUGAUUUUCAUGGCAACCUUCUUGUCUCCAGUGACACGAGCAGUCAUCCUGAUGUUGAUGUUUCUAAAACUACAGCUGUUAUCCAGCAGGAAAUCCCAAAGGUCCAGUCCUCACAUUCCCAAGAACAUGCUGGCAGUAGCGUACAACAUACCAGUUCUGUAUUUCCAUUUAAUACUGCUGAAUAUCGUUUUGAAUGCAUCUGUGGUGAGCUUGGAUUGGCUGACUACAAAGCUCGUGUGCAGUGCUUGAAAUGUCACCUGUGGCAGCAUGCAGAGUGUGUAAACUACAAAGAGGAGAACCUGAAGAGCAGGCCCUUCUACUGUCCCCAUUGCCUUGUGGCAAUGAAACCCGUUCCCACAGGAGCGACUCUGAUAAUUUCUCCUAGUUCUAUUUGUCACCAGUGGGUAGAUGAGAUCAACAGGCAUGUAAGAUCAUCAUCUCUUCGAGUUCUGGUGUACCAAGGUGUGAAGAAGCAUGGCUUUUUGCAGCCGCACAUGCUGGCAGAGCAGGAGGUGGUUAUCACCACCUACGACGUGCUGCGCACCGAACUGAACUACGUGGACAUUCCCCACAGCAACAGCGAGGACGGGCGCCGCUUCAGGAACCAGAAGCGCUACAUGGCCAUCCCCAGCCCCUUGGUAGCAGUGGAGUGGUGGAGGAUCUGCCUCGAUGAAGCACAAAUGGUUGAAUGCACCACUGCAAAGGCUGCUGAGAUGGCGCUCCGUUUGAGUGGAAUCAAUCGCUGGUGUGUCAGUGGCACUCCUGUGCAGCGAGGAUUAGAAGAUUUAUAUGGAUUAGUCCUUUUUCUUGGAGUUGAUCCUUACUGGGUCAAACACUGGUGGGACCAACUACUGUAUCGACCUUAUUGUAGGAAAAAUCCCCAGCCUCUCUACAGUCUAAUUGCGAAGAUAAUGUGGAGAUCAGCAAAGAAGGAUGUGCUUGACCAAAUUCAAAUCCCCCCUCAGACAGAAAAUAUACACUGGCUUCACUUCUCUCCUGUGGAGAGACACUUCUAUCAUCGCCAGCACGAGGUGUGCUGCCAGGAUGCAUUGGCAAAACUCAGGAAGAUUUCAGACUGGACUCUUAAGCUUAGCAGCCUAGAUAGAAGGACUGUGACUUCUAUUCUGUACCCUUUGCUACGGCUCAGGCAGGCCUGCUGUCACCCACAAGCUGUUCGGGGAGAGUUCUUGCCGCUACAGAAAAGCACCAUGACCAUGGAGGAACUACUGGCAUCUCUGCAAAAGAAAUGUCGAACAGAGUGUGAAGAAGCUCACCGACAGCUGGUGUGUGCUCUUAAUGGCUUAGCUGGUAUCCAUAUCAUUAAAGGAGAAUAUGCACUGGCCGCGGAGCUGUACAGAGAAGUACUAAGAUCAUCUGAAGAACACAAAGAAAAGCUCAAAACAGAUUCCUUGCAAAGACUUCAUUCUACACAUAAUUUGAUGGAAUUGUUGGCAAAGCACCCAGGGAUUCCCCCGACUUUGCGUGAUAGCCGACUUGCAGAAGAGGCAGAACAACUCCGACAGCAUUAUAUGAGUAAAUCCAAUGCAGAAGUUGCAGAAGCCCAUCAGGCCUUACAGCCAGUUCUUCAAACCAUUCGGGAACUUCAGAGAAAGAUACAUCCAGGUUCUCCUUGGUGGUUGGAUGUCAUCCAGACAGCAAUACAGUAUGCCAUCGAUGAGGAGCUUGUUCAACGUGUGCAAAAUGAAAUAACCUGCAACUACAAACAGGAGACAAGUAAAUUCUCCAUGGCAGAGAAAUUCCGUGACUGCAGAGGCCUUCAGUACCUCCUCACAACCCAGCUGGAUGAAGUGAAGAAGUUCCAGAAGAUUGUAAGAGAAGCAGUGAAAAACUUAGAAGGGCCUCCUUCUAAGCAGGUUAUUGAGGCUGCCACUAUCUGCCAUUUGCGACCUGUUAGACUGCCACUUAACAACUGUGUCUUUUGUAAGGCUGACGAAUUGUUCACAGAAUAUGAAUCAAAGCUCUUUAUGCAUAGUGUUAAAGGCCAGAUGGCAAUAUUCGAGGAGAUGAUAGAAGACCAAGAAGGGCUUGUCGAUGACCGCGUGCCCACCACAAGCAGAGGGCUCUGGGCAACCAGUGAAACUGAGCGGGCUUUGAAAGCUCUUCUUUCCUUUGCCAAAGCUCACCGCAUGGAUGUCAGGGUAACCGAGGAAGGGAGCGCAUUCCUGGAGCUCUUUGAAGCAUGGAAAAAGGAAUAUAAGUUACUUCAUGAGUACUGGAUGGUGCUUAGGGAUCACGUGUCUGCUAUUGAUGAACUGGCAAUGGCGACAGAGCGACUGAGAGUGCGUCACCCUGAUGAGCCAAAACCAAAUCCACCAGUGCUCCACAUUAUAGAGCCACAUGAGGUAGAGCAAAAUCGAGUGAAACUUCUGAAUGACAAGGCAGUUGCCAAAUCACAGCUUCAAAAGAAAUUAGGACAACUUCUGUACCUCACUAAUCUGGAGAAAUCUCAGGACAAAACUACUGGGGGAGUUAACCCAGAACCAUGUCCAAUCUGUGCACGUCAACUGGGAAGACAGUGGGCAGUGCUGACCUGUGGACACUGUUUUUGUAAUGAGUGCAUAGCAAUCAUCAUCCAGCAGUACAGCGUUGGCACCCGCCGGAGCUCAAUCAAAUGUGCCAUUUGCAGGCAGACAACAUCUCAUAAAGAAAUAUCUUAUGUCUUCACUGCAGAAGCUGCAAAUCAGGAGGAUGAUAUUCCUGUAAAGGGAAGUCACUCCACCAAAGUGGAAGCUGUGGUCCGAACACUGAAGAAAAUUCAAUUUAAAGAUCCAGGGGCUAAGUCCUUAGUAUUCUCAACGUGGCAAGAUGUGUUGGAUAUAAUUUCAAAAGCUUUGUAUGACAACAACAUGGUUUUUUCUCAGAUCAAUGGAAUUAGUAAAUUUCAGGAAAACCUGUCUGCAUUUAAAUAUGAUCCCAACAUCAAUAUUUUGCUGCUGCCUCUUCACACUGGUUCCAAUGGACUAAACAUCAUUGAAGCAACUCAUGUUCUGCUCGUGGAGCCCAUUCUGAAUCCAGCACAUGAGCUACAGGCUAUUGGCAGAGUACAUCGUAUUGGCCAAACAAAAUCUACGAUUGUUCAUAGGUUCCUGAUAAAAGCAACAAUAGAGGAGAGAAUGCAGACUAUGCUGAAAACUGUAGAUAGAAGCCACACGAGCUCUUCCAUGAAACAGUCAGAAGCCUCAGUGUUGACAGUGGCAGAUUUGGCUGAUCUUUUUACAGAGGAAACUGAAGAACUUGAGUAAAAACAUUGGUUUGACCUAAUGAAAUUGGCAAGUACCUGACCCAAUCACACCUGAAUGACCCAAAUGCCAUGGUUUUGAAAAGGGACAUGUUUGUGUUCAGCAUUAAAAACAAUCUGACCAAAUGAGGAAGAAGAGUGGCAAUAUAUGCCAUAGCCUGCUCUCAAUAAGAAACCUAUUUUUCCCUGAAUGCUGUGUUUAUUUCUUCUGGUGCUGUAGAUUGGAUGGCUUAAACUGCAGAAUAGCACAUGUUUGAGGAUUAGGCAUGCAGUUCUGUGACAUCUUUCUUCACACUGUUGACCUGUCCUAGUUUCUUUUUAUUCAUUUGAACAUCUGUGAAGCCUCCUGAUGUUUUCCAAAAAUGUUAUGACCAUGAAGAAUUUGCGUAAAUGUAAUGCACCAUUUGAAUAACUAAUAUCAGUAGUAAGAUAUGACUAACAUUAGGCAAUGAGAGCAAGUAUGCUUGUUCUGCAAAACUGUAAAUUUUCUUUAAAAGACUGACAGACACUAAGCAAGAAGCUGAUGUUGCUCAAAGUCCAUGGGAAUAGAUCUUUAGAUAGACAAGAACAAAAACAUGCUAUGUGUGCAGUUUCAGAACAUACAUUAAAGAAAGAAACUCACAACUAUAAAGGUCAAAUUCAGAAGAUUUACUAUUUACUAUUUAAGAUUUACUAUUUACAAUUUAAAAAGAUUUUUUAAAUAUAUCUAUUAUAAUUUGAGAUUAAACAACCCAGCAAGGCACAGUAGUUUUCUCCACUUAUAUUCCUUGGAUUAAUAGCCAUAAUUAUAAUUCACAGUGUGAAUUAUUAAAAUGUGCUAAAAAUCUUGACAAAUAGAUGUGCCCUUUGGGGAAUUGAGAAGAACAAUAGUUUCCCAGAAGCCAGGGUACACUGCAUGUGGAAGGAGGGGACAUGUGAGUGAGACUGCCUGAAUUCCAGGUUUUGAACACCAAUUGUGGAAAAGGUGAUGUGUACUUUUGGCUUCAUUGCCUUUCACAGUGUGAGUUUAAUCAUGUCUGGCACCAGCUGUUAGUUUGAAAUUAGACUAAUGAAUGUUCAUUUUCUCCUCUUAAGCUGCUCUGCUUUGAGAACUAACAAAGCCUGUCUCCUUAUGAAUUUGCAUGUCACCUCCCACCUCCACCCCACUGCCACAGCACCAGCCUCUGUCAACCCCACCAGCCUCUGCCAACCCCUCCACCACAAAGUUGUGUUUCCUUUCAGGUUUUCUAGAGCAUCUACCUUCUGCCAAGCAUUCAAAGAAGUCUGUUCUAGAGCCCCAGGCUGGAAGUGACCUGGCAACCUGUGGUCCCAGCUUCUACUGAAAGCUGGUGUUCAUCCAGGACCUCAUCAGCCCAAGCCUGGAGUGUCCCUUCCCCUAAACAUUUGCACAGUAAUGCUUCUAGCUCUCCUUCACCUCCUUUUCAGUCCUUCACCAGCACCUCCAAGUGCUCACCACUGACCCCACAGUGGUCAGUGGCUGGGUGGAAGGCAGCCUGGGGCAACUGAGCAAGGUGUUAAUUGAGCCAAUGUGUCAGUGGGGCUGCCAGCAGCUCACUUCCCAGGAAGGGGAAGGGAGAGAUGUGGCCUUUUUCCCUUUCAACAGUGACAAAGUCUCCCUUCUCAUCUGGGCAUUCCUUUACACGUGACACAAGUGGCACCUUACUGUCCCUGGCGCCUCUACCAAAUGUGGUUGAGUGUGGGCUGUAGGCUCGGAAGCUGCCAGGACCACGCUGGCAAACAGAUGGUGUGGUGCUUCAGGGAACUCCCUGCAACGUACUGAAGUGCCCCCUCAGAGGCACCAGGGUGAUAUUAGGGUGAUAUUAGGGUGAGAGCAAAAGCAAGCCUGGAGCACAUGCCUAAGGCUCCCCUCAAACCACCCCAUUCCAAAAGCCAGACUCUGGAGCAGAGCAAUCUCAUGCCUCAGUGCUAAUAAAAUAAAUGUAAUUGCUUUUAACAAUGAUUGCUUUUAAUGGAGCUGUGUGUGCAUAAAGAUGGAAAUGUUCCCUUUAUGAAGGUUUGUACAAACAGCAGCUGCUGACAAGUCUCCUUGUCUCCUCAUAUUUCUUCAUUAACCUUCAGACUUCUGCUGGUGCACAUUCUGUCUUCAGGAGCACAACACAGAGCAACAUCUCCAGUACAACUGCAAGAACGUUUAUCAGUAUUGUGUUUAUUUGCCAACACCCAUCCUAUUAGUUAUAUGUCACAAUGGCCUGACAGGUAGAAUAAAACUGCUGUGGACAUCAGGUAAUUCUAUUUUUCCCUUUAACUGGAGGUAAUAAACUAUUCUGUUUAAAGAGGUGGUAAGAGAAAAAUUAAAGUCCAGGGAUGUUCCUCACCUUAAAAGAGUGUUUUUUCACAUGGCCUCUGUAAUAAAGAAUGAGGCUGGCAGAAUGGGUUCUGGUCUGCUUCAAACAGUAAGAUCUCAUGAUUAACUUACAUACGUACAAUGACUAACUGCAGCUGUGGCCUCUCCCCAGGCCACAGAGCCCUGCAAAUUUUCAGUACACUUACUGGGAUCCUACAGAUAAAAGUCUCAGAGUCAGAAAGCUCCUGAGCUAAUGCCUUAGUUUGCCACAGGAAUUGUGACCAACACCUACAAACAGCUUCUCCCCUGAGGGGAGAAGAUUCAUGGGACUGGCCACAUCUCCUUUUUCUGGGAACCUAGUGUCCUGUGGUUUUGAGUGGGGAAUUUCUGGCUCACAUACUGGACUAAUGUCAGAACCACCCUGCACCAAGAAUGUGGAGGGGACACGCUCCUCCACAGACCCAGGGCUGAUCUGACAGUAUGGGCAGCUUGGGCUAGCUUCAGCAUUCCUGUGAAAAGUUCAGUGUAGCCUUUCACACCAUGGAUCCCAAUUCAGCAGAGCACUGAGCUCAUGCUGCAGUUACUGUGCCCUAGUGACUUGAGUAGGAUUUGAGUUUUCAUUUCUGGCUUUGCUGAACUCAGUUUCAGCUAUCAUCUGAUAGAGAGUGGCAUUAGAAGCAUGGUGCAUCUGGCACCACCAAAGUUUGAAAAAUAUACUGGCUUAUGUUAUUUCAAAAGGAGUAUUUUUGUUUCUUAAAAUAAGAGGCUAUUCAAAGACACAAGAAGGCAAAUAAAAACUAAAAUCACCGAAAUAUGGAUAGAUGUAAAACACUCAAAGAGUGAUUUUUCAGUUCAGACAUGGUUUUUAUGAACUGUUCAUGGACUGUUUCA